CUUGAUCAUGAUGUACUCAAAAAGCGAGUGCCAUUGUUGGAACAACUAGCACCAGGCCAAGUUGCGCCGGAAACAGAUCUCAUAAGACAUUAACUUCAAAGGGCGCGUAUCAGCUGGCAAUCGGCCAAUUGAACACAUCCUGUGAAGCCUCGUGUCGGAAGAGCUCUAUUAGUACUUCUGAAUUAAUUUUUUGCACUGGUUGCAUCUGUAGGUCCCCAGUCACCUCAUGGAUAAUCCUUCCACUUAAAAGACGCCACAGCUAGAGACUGUGUUACUACUAGUAACCCAACAUGUCUCGACGCCAAAGUUGUAGAUACUAUAACUCGCCAGGCGGUUGCCGCCGUGGCACAUCUUGUACUUUUGAACACAUUCCAAAUGCACAGCGUCGAGGAGGAGAUGGACGGCCGUUGUCACCAAGCUUAAGCGUGUCUUCUUCGGAUGCAUCUCCUUCACGACGCAAUGCUCAAGGCCCUCAACGCCAAAUAAUACGCUCAGGUCCACCUCCUCGAGGAGUAUGCCGAAACUUUUGGGAGACAGGUCGAUGUUUUCGAGAGUUCGGCUGCCUUGGUGCACACACCCUCCCGCAGGGUCAAGAUGGCAGGCGAACUCCGCAGCCUUCUAUAAUCCCUACACAAGCUGCGCAAGCGUUCAUUGCCCCAUUCCUCACAGAGAAAGGUCUAUCAAAACUCGUAGGAGGUGGUACCGACGGUUAUUUUCCUCAGGAUGCUACAACGUCUCUGACUCCGUCGGAGACCCAAAGCCGUUUGAGGAGAUUCCUUAGAGAAGAUUUUCGCUUCAAAAUUGUACCUGAGAUUUACGGCUUUCUCGUCCCACUGUCGAGCGCCAAUAUUCAAAAUAGCUCAUGGACUCAAGAAGAAGGACAGUUACUACUCGAAGCUUUGACUUCGAACAUUGGUCGACUUCGGGUUGCCGAGAUAGUGACUUGGCCCAGUGUUUCUUCAAAAACAGCAAUGAGUCGCGAAAUUCUUUCAUUUCAGAGAGGGUUUAUCCCCCUGCUUAGAUAUAUGUCUUCCGACUUCGUUGUUCAGAGCACUUUAAGGACUCAAGCAAAUCAACUGUACAUGACGGUUUUACAGAACCUUCCAAAUUUUGCAGACGCUGUCGAGAAGUCUAUGGACAGCAUCAUUGCUUCCCGUUCCUUUAGCGACCCAGGAGCUUCUGGAAAAGACCCUGUUGAUGCACAGGCAUUUGCAUCCAUUGCUGGUGUUCUGCACGAGUUUCUUGUUCGCUUCAAGAACGCUGUUGCGACAUAUCCCCGACUGGCACCCUUGGUUAUGAAUCUGCAGAAAUGGUUUGUAGAGUGGAAGACUGGUGUCUGUGCUAAUUCGCCUUCGUUCGAUAAUUUUCUUGGAGGCCUGCAGCCUACUGUACGAGACUUGAUCAUUCAAACUCUCAACGAGAAGAUUCACAAGCUGGUUUCCAUUGUUGAACGGGAACAAGGAAAAGAAAUACGUCCUGAUUGUCAAAAACAGUCCGCCCCCUCCAAUGAGGGCAUCGUUGCCGCUCUUCAUAGUGGAUAUCAAGGUCCAGGUGCCUUGCGUGAAGGUGGACCUCGUCACGAUAAUGACCUUGAGGACAUCUACGACAUUCGCAUUGCUCCCACACAUGAGGAACUCAUGUGCCGUAUUCCUCCGUUUCUGCCUGCGAACUUCUUUGGUGCUCCUCAUCCAGCACCUAUGGAGAGCAUGCAACGCUUGCUCGAUAUCCAGUUCAGGCUUUUGCGAGAAGAGUUGACUGCCCCUUUGCGCCAAGCUGUUCAGCUCAUCUAUGACGACCUCAAAACACUAUCACGGAAGAAGACGAAGCUCUCAGAGCUUCUAAAGAACAGAGGAGGAAAGUACCGUGGCCAUGCAGACACACAAGACAGUCUCAUGUUUAACGUUUACACUGGCGUUGAUUUUGGGUCGCUCGUACCUGACUGGAGAGGUAUCUCUGCAAGCAUCGUUGUUGACGCACCCCCGGGCCGUGCGCGCUCCAACAACUCCCGUAUGCGAACCUCAUUCUGGGAGGGCAUGAGCGGCAAGCGCCUUUCCCAGGGCGGCUUGAUUGCGCUUGUGUGGCAAUCUGGCAAUGAUAUCUCUGUGCACCUUGGGGUGAUUGCCAGCUCCCUCAAAGAUCUCACUGAGCAUGUGAAGAGCGAUCCAGAUCGCGUGAAGCUUCGCAUCGUCUUCUUCGACACAAAGUUGGAGUUGCGUAUUUUGCAGGAGCUUAGGAACCCUCAUAGGCUCGGACAAAACAUCAAAUUAUUGGUCGAAUCCUCCGUCAUGUUUGAAGCCAUCCGACCAUUCCUUGAAGCUCUGAAAGGCGAACCCGAACUAGUUCCGUUCUCGCACUAUCUAGUUCACCGGCCACCGGGAUUUUUAAAAACUUGUAAAGUGGAACCUCCACGUUACUCAACGAUGCCUGGCUUUGCGUACAAUCUUUCGUGUCUCUUUCCCGACAAGACAGACGUAGAGGACUUGACGCUCUCAGUGACAGAUCAUCAAUCUAUCGAAAACGCGCGUGCUGAGCUGCGGCGAGAUAGCCGCCUUGACCCGAGCCAGGCAGAUGCAGUUGUUGAUGCACUGACGAGAGAGGUGUCCUUAAUUCAAGGUCCUCCAGGGACAGGAAAGAGUUAUACCGGUGUCGAGUUGCUCCGUGUACUACGAGCCAAUAAUGUCGGCCCCAUCUUGAUGAUUGCAUUCACGAAUCACGCACUGGAUCACAUGCUUAGCUCUGUGCUGGAUGCAGACAUCACCAAAAAGGUCGUCCGUUUGGGUUCUCGCUCGGCGGAUGAGAGAAUUUCGCAAUAUUCGAUCGAGACACUGGAAAAGGUGAACCAGGAGUCUCGCCUCGAUAGAACAUUUUCCAGCAAGCGCAGGGAACUCAAGGAGAUCCAAGAAAGGAUCAGGAACUUGAUGUUCAAGGUCCUGAAGGACGACCUAGAAUCGGACUCCACCGAGGUUGUGAAGUAUAUCUCAGUCUUGCAUCCGGAGCACUCCGGAUACCUAGCUGCUCCGCCAAUGUGGAUUCGGAACAUCAAGUCCCUUUUCAGCGGCGGCGAUGACGACAACGAUGCGGGUGAAUGGCAGCAACAGGGCCGACGAAAAAAGACUUUUGUCAAGGACAUGUCAUUCUAUGCAUUUUGGAGGGACGGAUCUGACUUGGAAUUCAUCGAAACUUUGAAUAAUGGCUCAUACGCACCUUGGAAAACCACGCCACCGCCUGACGAAACGACAAGCAACAAGUUUUAUCUUUUAGAACAGGAUUCGUUGCCCGACUCGGAUAAUGAAUCCGUGACGGGCGAGGAGCAAGAUGAUGAGUCGCCCUCUGAAGACCUGCCGGUUGAGGACGCCUGGACGAGAGUCAAGGUCAAGUCACCAUCUCCCGAAACUGCUGAUUCGAAGGAAGUCCCUGCUGCUCCCACUAAAGCUUCCGAUUCCCCCAUUCCGCAUAUUGAUCCCGAACCUCGUGACGAUGCUGGCUUGAGACGGGCGGACUUCAAAGACCCUGAGGGAUUCCUUGAAGCCCUCGGAUGCUCGCAAUGGCCUAUCAUUCCCACUUCCAGUCGCUCCUUGAAUGAACUCCUCGAAGAUGUCGGUGACAUUUGGACGAUGAGCAAGGCAGAGCGGCACAACCUACACAAUUUCUGGGUUGAAAAUACGCGCAUAGAGUUGGCUGAGACGCAGACAGGCGAGUUUGAGCGCCUUCGCGAACUUCACGAGGGUAUACUGCGAGAAUGUAAUGAAGGCAAAGAAGAGGUCCGUCGAAAUUUACUGCGCAACAUCGAUAUUAUUGGUUGUACCACGACUGGCGCAGCAAAGUUGGCCAUGCUCUUGAAGGGUCUGAGUCCUCGAGUUUUGCUCGUCGAAGAAGCUGGACAGGUUCUGGAGGCUCAUGUGCUCGGAAGUUUGGUGCCCUCGAUUGAGCACCUAAUUAUGAUUGGUGACCCCUUACAACUUCGGCCGACACUCAACAAUUUUUCGAUGUCCAUGGAUAGCCAGCGAGGGCGAGAUCUCUAUAAGUUUGACAUGUCCCUGAUGGAACGUCUUUCGAGCUCUGGACUUGCUAUGUCUCGAAUUGAUGUACAACGCCGAAUGAGGCCUGAAAUUUCGAGUUUGAUUAGGAACACGCUCUACCCCAGUCUUGAAGAUCAUGAGCUUGUCCGCCACUAUCCCUCUGUUCGCGGCAUUACGAAGAAUCUGUUCUUCGUCAAUCACAACAAUAGGGAAAAUGAGGGUGCAGAAGACUCCGCCAGCAAGUUCAAUUUGUUUGAGGUGGAAAUGAUUCGCGAACUAGUGUUGUAUCUAUUGAGGCAAGGCUGCUAUUCUGAGGAAGGUGACAUCGUGGUUCUUUGUGCCUACCUUGGUCAGCUUGCCAAGCUGCGAGAUGCCCUCGCCAACGAGGUGGCGAUCGUGAUUGAUGAGCGCGACCAAGCUGCUCUUGCUGACCAAGAGGGAGAUAAUGAGGAGGACGAUUUGAAUGGUGGGAUCACGAUUGAACAUGUAAAAGUCACGAGAAGGGUUCGAUUGCGUACCGUUGACAACUAUCAAGGCGAAGAGGGCAGAAUCGUGAUCUUGUCAUUGGUCCGAAAUUCCGGAGACCUGGACGAUGAAAUGGCUAUGCUUGGGUUUACACACGGAGCCAGACCCAGCAUCGGUUUCCUAAAGUCUGAGAACCGCACGAAUGUGGCCUUGUCUCGUGCACGUGAAGGUCUGUUCAUUUUUGGAAAUGCUGCCAACCUGUCCUCCAAGAGCCGAAUGUGGCGGCAUAUCAUUGAGGAACUGGAAAAGGGCGACGCCCUUGGUCCAGCACUUCCUAUCGCUUGUCAUCGGCACCCGGAAACACUCGAGUAUGUCUGCAAACCGGGUCAACUACCCCAGAUCGCACCUGAUGGAGGAUGCAUGCGGCCCUGCAACUUCCGUUUGAUCUGCGGUCACAUGUGUCCAUUCAAGUGUCACAGUGAUGAUCAGAAACAUGCCUCUGUAAUGUGCAUGCAAUCAUGUACAAGGCUUUGCGCAAGAGGUCAUCCGUGUACCAAGCAAUGCGCUUCCACCUGUGGCGAUUGUUUCUUCCCGGUAGCCAACGUCGAACUUCCAUGCGGACACACGAAGGCCUCUGUUCCAUGCCACGAGAUCAACGCAUUGCAAAAUGUCUACUGUAAUUUCAUGGUUGAUAAGGAAUUACUUCAUUGCGAGCAUACUGCUCGCAUGGCGUGUUCGACUGAUCCAGCCACUUAUCUCUGCAAGGCUCCAUGUAACGGGAUUAUGAGUUGCUGUGGAAGAUCAUGCAAUGCAAAGUGCCACGAAUGUCAGCAGAAGAAUACCCCUUCCCAAGGAGAACAUACACAGAGGACAAAGCAUGCUACUCACCCUUGCGAGAAACCACUUUUCUGCGAGCAUUUGUGUCAGGAGGCUUGUUCUGAUGACCACAAGCACACCGUCGCUUGUAGGAAGCCAUGUAGACAAGCCUGCUCUCAUGCCCGGUGUAAAUUGCUCUGUUCGAUGCCUUGCGCGCCUUGUCAAGAAUCAUGCACGUGGAGCUGCCCACACCAUUCCUGUCCUGUACCAUGUGGCUCUGUCUGUGCAAGGUUGCCCUGUGACGUACCCUGCAACACAAUUUUGCGUUGUGGACACAAGUGUCCUUCUGUCUGCGGGGAAGAUUGCGACAUCCAGAUUUGCCCGCAGUGUGCUUCCGAUGACAAGAGACACCAUGUCGUUGAUUUUAUCUUGCAGCGCACACUAUCCGAAGUUACACCGGAGUCGAACACUCUUGACGAGAUGUUGAUUACCAUUCCUUCGUGCAAGCACACGUUCACCGUAGAAACUUUGGAUGGUCACUGCAGUAUGAAUGAUUUCUACUUCCAGAACGAGUCUGGACAGUGGCUUCGCAUGCUUUCCCCCAUCGGAUUCAGAAAACCUCCUACAUGUCCAACUUGUCGCUCGCCCAUCACAGCUCCCAGAUAUGGUCGUAUCUUCAAGCGAGCUGAUCUAGAUAUUUUGGAGCACAAUGUUGCCGCCCGUAUGUCUCGAGCGCUUGACAAGGUCCAAACGGCCAUUCUCCUUAUUUCCGAAGAUGAAAUGAGGACCGCGGUCAUUCGUGAUGCAGCCACCAUUAAAAUCCGGCCCUCGAAGGGCAAGAAGUCCAAAUCGCAGGCAAAGGCUCGUUCUGAGGAAUUGACCUCAAAAAUGGAGGUCCCCACCUCAGAACGCGCCCUCAACUCUGCCAACACGUCCCUGCAUGCUAUCGAUUCAGCGGUUGCCCGAGUUUGGGGCAAGAUUACCCACAAGUUAUUCAACGCCUAUAAGGAGGCGACUGUGGUUGCCGAAACACGUUCUGCUCACGUACAUGCUUGGGAGUCUGCAUUUUCAUUCCUAUACCACCGCGAAAUGGCCGCUCUUAUCAACAACCCAGCCCGUACGCCUGCUCGGCCACAGGAAAAUGCGAUGAGACUUGCGAAACUGCAAGUUGGCCAGCCGCGUCCAUUAGCCGAUAGGCGGUUCAUUGUAGAAGCCUUCUGGUGUACGUUGCAUAUUCGCCUGACUCUGAUUACUCUGGGUCGCACGUGGCUAGAGGAGGUGGGCAAGCGCGAAGCCGACUAUCCGUUAUACCACUUUCAGCAAUGGGCAAGUUACGUCAAGUUCAUGCUGCAGAGUUGUUCUCUUGAUGUCACCAAGGCUCUCGGGCUCGCAAGGAGCUCUGAAUCACACCGACAGGUCACCAAGACUUCCCUUCUACUCAUGCGUGUCGAGCUAGAGAACUUCCGGUUUGGCCUAUACAUGUCCAAUAAACUUGGGAACAUGAAGGAUCAACGAUCAGAGAUGGUUCAGGCCGCAGAACAACAUGGUCGUAAGGCGCAGGGAUUGAUGAGGGAUGUAGUCGCAGAGCAUUUCGCAAGGAAGGUCGUGCCAUCACGAGAGGAAGAGGCUUCCUGGCUAGCAGAGAACUUUUCUAAUGCUGCGCAGACGAUUGUGGAUGAGUGGAAGGCCAUCAGGCAGGCCGUGCUUGGAUCCACAUUUUAUCAGGAAGUCUCGUUAAAGGAGCAGAUGGAGAUAGUGCGAGCCUUCAACUUCGGCACUACAGGACACUUCUACAACUGUGCAAAUGGUCACACAUUUGUGAUUGGCGAGUGCGGAGGAGCCAUGCAACGCAGUCGUUGUCCGGAAUGCGGCUCUCCCGUAGGAGGAGAGAGCCACCACCUCGAUAGUACAAACACCAGAGCAGCUCAGUACGACCAGCUUGCUCGGCAAGUGUACCCCGGUAUACCAGCAACCCCUUGGGCCAAUCCUCAUUAGAUAGCGCUUAUGACUUUGACUGUUGCAGAUUCGCAUAUGUAUUAACAAUGUAGUUUGGCUAAAUGGCUUGUUACAUAAAUGCUUCGGCGUGGUAACACUUGGAGAAAUUGACGAUCUGACCAGAUUAUCCGUAUUUUGACGCAUGAAAAGUUCACAACUGGUAAUAUAUGGUAUGAGUUGUCCAUUU